GUGCCGGAUCAUGCUGUCCUCAGUCUUUGUGCUAGAGUACUUCCUGGACACGCUCUGGAAGGGGAUGCUGCUCUUUAUCUUCUGCCUUGUCUUGGUCUGCAGUGGUAGCCUGAAACAGGUGGAGAAGCAGGAGACCUGGUGCUUUCCUGCCUAUGGCAUGGCUAUAGGCCUGUGGCUCAUGAUCUCCUCAUUGCCCCGGCGCCGCCUAGUGCUGAACCACACCCGUGGCAUGUACCAUUUCUCCAUCAGUGGCCGAACUGUAUGUCAGGGGCCAAUGCAUCUGAUCUACGUGCGCCUAACACUCAGCUCUGAUGGUGAUGUCUGGGAUACGAGAGGGUAGAGGGAGAGGGACAUGGAUUCAGAGCUGGGAAGGGCCAAUAGAGUCCAUCUGGACGUUCCCACCCUGGCGGCCCAAUCCCUACCGUCCUACCCCUAGGCUCUGGGAGGUUGGGGCCCUGGCUUAGUUGCUUGUCUAUUGCUAGUCUAU